UCAGCGGCUUUUUCAGAAAAUAAAACUUUAUUUAACUUAUAAUUACCGUACGCAUGCAAUACAUAACAUUAAGUAGGCUAAUUUUUAAGAUACUUGUAUUAUAGGUAUUUUUAAAACUUGUGUUUAUAAUAUAGUCCAACUCAACACAGCAUAAGUUUUUGAAACUUUAAUGAAUAUUUAUCAAACGUUUUAUCACGCAAUAAAUUAACCAAAGUUCACAUUCAAAAUGCUUAAAACCAGGAUAUUAUAUCAAACAUCAAACAUUAUCAAACGCAUGAUGUCAAGUGCGGAAUCUGAUGUGUUGUUUGAGUCAGUGAACAAUGCUGGAAUCAUUGUCUUGAACAGACCAAAAGCUUUGAACUCACUAAAUACAUCCAUGGUCACUAAAAUGUUACCACAAUUAAUUGAAUGGGAAAAAACUAAGAGCCUAGUUAUUAUAAAGGGUGCUGGAGAGAAGGCUUUCUGUGCUGGAGGUGAUGUUAAGGCAGCAAUAGACCCAGUAGAAGGACCCAAAUUCUUUCACACCGAAUACAAUGUUAAUUAUCUUAUUGGAAAAUACUCAAUACCUUACGUAGCAUUUAUGAACGGAAUCACAAUGGGAGGAGGUUUAGGAGUGUCUGUACAUGGAAGGUACAGGGUAGCUACAGAGAAAACAUUAAUUGCAAUGCCAGAAACUAAAAUUGGCUUGUUCCCUGACGUUGGUGGUUCCUAUUUUUUACCAAGACUACAAGUCAAUCUUGGACUCUAUUUAGGAUUAACUGGUGACAGGUUAAAGGGCAAGGAUGUAGUUAAGGCUGGAAUUGCAACACAUUUUGUGUCAAGCUCACGGCUGUAUGAGCUAGAGAAACUGUUGUCGCGUUGCACCAGCGACAGUGAAGUGCAGUCACUGCUUAGUAAAUUUAAUGAACCACCAGCUGAGUUCACGCUAGCAGACAAUAUCAAGCAUAUCAAUUACUGUUUUGCUGCAUCCACAAUAGAAGAGAUCAUUGAACGAUUGGAGAAAGUUCAAAAUGAAUGGUCGGUAAAGACACUGAAGACCUUACAAGGCAUGUGCCCUGGUUCGUUGAAGAUAACUCUGCGAGCGUUACAGCGAGGUGCUCAGUUAGAGUUGGCACAAUGUCUCCGCAUGGAGUACCGGCUUGCCACGCGCGCUACACUUAACCACGACUUCCCUGAAGGAGUUCGUGCGCUUCUCAUCGACAAAGACAAUAAUCCACAAUGGAAGCCAAAAACAUUAGCUGAGGUUGAUGACAAUUAUGUAGAGGGCUAUUUCAAGAAACUCCCUGCCGAUAAAGAGCUUCAAUUCUUCGACAGUAAACUCUAAUAAGUUAAGUUAUAGUCAUUAAUCCCUUACUUGUGAAAAUAUUUAAACAAUAGAUAUUAACUGUGUUGUUUUUGUCUGUCAAGUGAGUUUUACAAUGCAUCAGACAAGGACAUCUACCUUGUUAAAUUUAUCUAUUGGUUAAGGGUUUUUAUUAGAUAACUAUUAUUGUCAAAUCAUAAUGAACUUAUUUUUAUCAAAUCAUAGUUUAUUAAAUACUUUUUAAACCAAUGCUAAUCGCGUUACAGAAACUGGGACUUGAAUAUAAUUAUUGGGUUAAAUUUAGAUCAAUAUUAUAUUGUAUUGAAGAGAGUAUAGGUAGAUAU